AUGCAAUUCACCACUCUCGUUGCUAUCCUGUCCAUGGUGUUGCUGGCUGUGACCGCCCACCAAGACAGCCAAAGCCAUGGCGCCGUAGGGUUUCCCGUGGGGCCACCAGGCACAGACUAUUUUGUCAAAGCCAAUGCCAACGCCGUGGACAAGGCGAACAACGAGCAAGCGGCCAGCAACCACUUUGCAAACCACGUCGACAGCAGCGCAGGCAACCAAGGCUUGCGAGAAAGCGUGGUGUUCACGAAGGACCGCGCCAAUGCUGUCGCCAACGACCGCGGGUUCAACGACGCCAUUGUGAAGAACGACGUCGUUCGAAAAUACGACGCCAACCAAGUGGCCAAAGGCGCUGUCUUCUUCGCCCGUCGGCAGCUCGGCGACGACGACUUGGAAUGCGGCGGGGGGUGCGGCGGUGGAUGUGGAGGCUGCGGGGGGUACGUGGACGCUCCGAUCCCUCCGUCCGGUUUCAACAACGCCAAGCAGUCGGCGGAUUCGCUGAACAAAGCCGACUCGCUCAACGCCGCCAACCAAGGCCGAGCCAGCGAUGCCCACAAGCGCGCCGACUCCAAGCGCGUGGAGAAGCACAACGUGGACUUGGAAGGGUUUGCCGAAGCCAACGCCAAGUCCAAGUCGGGGGCUCAAGCGUUGUCCAAGGGAAACUUCUUUAGCAAGCGCCAAGUGGACCAAGCGCGGGGAGUGACACAGAACAACGGAUUGUUCUUCCGACGAGUGUUGCGUGGCAGUGACUCGUAA